AUGAAGAGCGUUGAUCGACUGACAUGGAGUGAUUAUGCUGGUGUUGUGUAUGUUGAUGAUGAUUAUCUUUAUGUUUGGGAUAUUAAGGAACAUAAUGAAUGUAGCUUGAAAUAUUACAAGUUUGGGGAUGGUGAACAUCACACGCAAUUACUGCAAAAUAUUGACUACCAAUGGGAGGAAGGAUUAAUGUGUAAAAUAAUGAUGAAUUAUAACCCUCAUAAGAUUGAAAAUUCGCCUCUUCGGAUGAAGAAAAAAGAAUUAGUUGAUGUAUGGGGAGAGAAAGAUGCCGAAAUGAUUGAUAAAGCAAGGGGCAGGGAUCUUUUGCUACUACUGGAAAAUGGAGACCAUAUAGCAAUACUCAACCAACAAGAAAGAGGAAAUUUACGCAUGAAAAGAUACAAAGACAAUAUCAAAUACUUCAAGCCUCUCACACAAUUCUUCAACCAUGAAAAUCUAUGGUCGGACAAGCAGUUAAUCCUAUAUGAAAAAUACUCUAGUUUGAAUAUUUAUAACCCCCAAACACUACAGCUACAAAUCACUCUACCAUUCCCUCACUUCCGGAUAUGGGACAUGCAAUGGAAUCUUCAACACUCUCAACUCAUCAUCAGGAGUAGAAAGCAUGAUUACUGCUUAGUAACCCACGUGAAAAAGACAUGA